ACACCCCCAAAUUCUCACCUCACUUCACUUCCCUGUUCCACCUGGCUGGAUCCCAGCCAGCAGCCCUCUGCCUCAGUGAUGUGGUGGUGGCUGCUGCUGCCCUUACUGUGGGCCCUUGAGCGGGCACAGACAGAGGAGCCGGGGAAGCUGAGCCAAGCUGACGAUGGUGGUGUCCCCGACGGAAGCUUCUGGGCUGCAUAUAACGGAUACACACUGGAAGUGCCGGAGUCUGUGACGGUGCAGGAGGGUCUGUGUGUCCUUGUGCCCUGCACUUUCUUCCACUCUGGUUUGCAGAGCUCCACUGACCCAGUCUUUGGCUACUGGUUCCUGGAUGGGACUAAUGUAGGCUAUGGAUCUCCUGUGGCCACCAACAACCCACAUAGAGACGUGGAUAUGGGGACCCGUGGCCGAUUCCAGCUGGUAGGGGACCCUCAGGACAACAACUGCUCCUUGGGCAUCAGAGAUGCAAAGAGGAAGGACACGGGAAGAUACUUCUUCAGAAUACAGAGCCGUUCUGUGAGACACAGUUACAAAGACAACCAGCUCUCUCUGUGGGUUACAGCGCUCACGGAGGUCCCUGUCGUGGAUGUGCCCGAGACCCUGCAGUCUGGACGCCGCAGCAACGUCACCUGUUUGGUGCCAUGGGCCUGUGAGCAGGGGACGCCCCCUGUGUUCUCCUGGAGUUCGUCGUCCCCCAUGGUCCUGGAACCCGGGGCCAACCCCACCCCUGUGCUCCCUAUCACCCCAUCGCCGGAGGAUCACGGGGCCAAUCUCACCUGUCAGGCAACCUUCCCUGGAGUUGGAGUGACAGUGGAGAGAACCGUGCGGCUCAAUGUAUCCUAUGCACCUCAGAACCUGAGCAUCAGUGUGUCAUGGGGAGCCGGCACAGGCCAGGGCUGCUUCUCCACAGCGUUUUUCAUGGCAGCAGGCCUGAGCAUCGGUGCCAAGGCUCUACUUUCCCUCUUCCUCAUUGUCGUCGUCAUCAUGAAGAGGUUAAGGAAAUCUGCCUCGGGCAGAGACGUGCAGAACCCAGGUCUCCCAGCCCAGCACCUUCCUUCAUUACAUCAACAUCGAAGCUAAGAUCCGGGCCCCGAAUCUGAAGGCCAAGCCAAACAGCCCUCCCAGGACAGGUUGUCCCGGCGCUGGCUCCCCAGAACUGAGAAAGAACCAGAAGGCCGCAAUCAGCUGCCCCAAGCCCACAUCACCCACACAAGGCCCAGACCCCGAGAGCUGCCCAGAAGAACUCCAUUAUGCUGCUCUCAACUUCUCCCAGCCUCUGGAGACCCCGAAGCCCAGGGACCCUGAGGAGAAUUACACGGAAAUCCAUUUCCACAGAGGGUCCUCUAGACUGUAGAUGUGGACCUCAGCCAUGGAGCCAGGAGGAGGCAACAAAGAGGCUCAGAGCACCCACUGCAAA